GCGCUCUGCGUCACAGGGACGCACUCAUUCAAACGCUCGCGUCGCGAUCAUCACAACACCGAGACACCCGGAAGGUUCAAACGCGCGGCCAGCAGCUCAGCAUGAAUCGCUUCAAGACGUCCAAAUAUAAGAACACCACUCCCAAAGUCCCCAAGAAAGAUGGCUGGAUCGCUAGCGUCCGAGGAUCCUCCUUCUCCUCUCAGGGCGACCGCAUCAAGUCCAGCGGCAGCCUCGUGGCCUUCAGCACGGAUCAGGCCGGAGGCGGCGUGCUCGGCCUGUCUUCUGUGAACGCCGCUCCUGACGGGAAGUGGACCGUGACGCACAUCUCGUGCCAUGCCGACCUCGUGACCGACCUGGACUUCUCUCCGUUUGACGACUAUCUGCUGGCGACCUGCUCGGCCGAUGAGACGGUGAAGCUGUGGCGUGUGUGUGACCCGGGUCAGGAGCAGCCCGGGAACCCUGAGCUCACUCUGAGCGGCGCAGACGGCCGUCUGGAGAGGGUCCUCUUCCACCCCGCGGCCUCGGGGCUGCUCGCCCUGGCGUCUGCGAGGGCCGUCCAGGUGUGGGACGUCUCACGGGACGCCGCUCUGACAGUGCUGGAGCAGCAUGAGGAUCAGCUGCAGGGCUUGUCCUGGAAGGAAGACGGAUCUCUGUUGGCUUCAUCCUGCAAGGACAAGAAGCUGCGUGUCUUUGAUCCUCGGGCUCAGUCGUCAGCGGUCCAGUGUGUCCAGGGUCAUCAGGGUAACAGAGACUCUCGUGUCCUUUGGGUCAAGGAUGACAACUUGCUCACGACUGGCUUCAACCAGAUGAGGCAGCAGGAAGUGAGACUCUGGGACAGCAGGAAGUUGAGCUCAUCUCUUAGCUCGCUGUCUUUGGCCACCUCCAAUGCGACUCUGAUCCCUCUCUUUGACCCAGACUCUGGACUGCUCAUCGUCUCUGGAAACGGUGAGAGCGUGAUCGACUGCUUCGAGGUGAACAGCGGCGAGCCCUUCCUGUCUCAAGUGAGUCACUGUUUGACGGACCUGUCGACUCGUGGCGUGGCUCUGGUGCCGAAGCUCGCUCUGGACGUCAGCUGCUGCGAGGUUCUGCGUCUGAUGCAGCUCACGGAUAACUUCAUAGUGCCCAUCAGCUACCAGGUGCCUCGCAAGGCAGGACAGGACUUUCAUGCGGACUUGUAUCCGGACACUGUGGGUCAGACUCCGGCCAUGACGGCAGAGGACUGGUGGAAAGGAGACAACAAACAAGUGGAGCGAGUCAGUCUUCACCCGAGCAAGAGGCCAAAACCGGCCGCUCCAUCGGCUCAGGAGACAAAACCAAAGGAUCUUCCCCGUGUCAAGAGCAAAGAGGUCUGUGGGGGAGCACGAGGAGAUAAGUGCGGUCGGCAGACGCGGUGGUCUUACAGCGUGUGUCUCUGUUGUUGUCAGGAGGCCUCGACCUCCAGCAGUCCCCUCAGCAGCCCCAGCAGCAGCGUGGCCCCGUCCCGCUCCCCGUCCUCCACCAGCGGCCUGUCGUCCGGCUUCCUGCCCAGCCCCAGCCAGAGCUCCCGCGCCAUCCACAGCAUGCUCGGCCCGAGCUCCAAGUUCCGUCACAUCCAGGGGGCCGUUUUGCACCGGGACGCUCACAUCUCUAACCUGCGCGGGCUUCAUCUGACCACCCCGGGAGAGUGCGACGGCUUCUGUGCCAACGGCCGGCGCGUGGCGGUGCCUCUCGCCAUCGCCGGGGGCCAGAUCGCCGUCUUCGAGCUGUCCCAGCCUGGAAAACUGCCGGACACCGCCCUGCCCACCAUCCAGAACUCCGUCAACGUGGCCGACUUCUGCUGGGACCCCUUCGACACGCACAAGCUGGUCGUCGCCGGUGACGAUGCCAAGAUCCGCGUGUGGCGGAUUCCCAAAGGAGGCCUGACCGAAACCCUGACUGAGCCGGAGCUGGUUCUGCGUGGACACACGGAGAAGAUUUACUCCGUCAAGUUCCACCCCCACGCGUCCGGUCUGCUGGCGUCCUCGUCCUACGACCUCUCCGUGAGACUCUGGAGCCUGGAGACGGGAGAGGAAGUCAAACGACUGAGUGGACAUCAGGACCAGAUAUUUGGCAUGGCUUGGAGCCCAGACGGCAAACUGCUGGCCACUGUGUGUAAGGAUGGAAAAGUGCGACUGUACGACCCACGCAGGUCCACCUUGCCCGUCCAGGAGGGCCCAGGACCUGAGGGCCAGAGAGGAGCCCGUGUAGUGUGGGUCUGUGACGGCAAGUACCUGCUGGUUUCAGGAUUCGACAGCCGUAGUGAAAGGCAGCUGUACCUGUUCUCCACUGAGUCCUUGGCAUCCGGGUCUGUGGCUUCGGCGCCUGCUGAUGUGUCUCCCUCUACCCUUAUCCCAUUCUACGAUCCCGACACCAGCGUCCUCAUCCUCACUGGGAAGGGUGACACACGUGUUUAUAUUUACGAGAUCGUGCCUGAAGCGCCGUACUUCAUGGAGUGUAGCAGUUUUCAUUCCUCUGAACCACACAAGGGGUUGUGUUUCCUGCCGAAGACUGAAUGUGAUGUGUGUGACGUGGAAGUGGCUCGAGCCAUCCGACUUGGCAAGACCACGAUCGAACCCGUGGCCUUCAGAGUGCCUCGUGUCAAAAAAGAGUUUUUCCAGGACGAUGUUUUCCCGGAGACUGCAGUGUGGUGGGAAGCAUCUCUGACCGCUGCUGCCUGGCUCUCGGGAUCCAACGGACAGCACCGCAAAAUCAGCCUUCGGCCCAAGGACAUGACGCCCGUGAGUGAAGCACCUAAAGAGGCUCCUGUUAGGAAGUACCUGCCCUCCUCCGUAUAUCUGGAGGAAAAAACUGAUGAACAGAAGAAAGAGGAGUUGCUCAGUGCCAUGGUGGCGAAGCUGGGAAACCGGGAAGACCCUCUGCCACAGGAGUCAUAUGAGGGGGUGGAUGAAGACGAAUGGGAUGACUAACACACAAGCCUUGCCUCACGGUCCAGUCAGGGUGCCAGCAGCAGACAUGGGACGCGUCUGCUGUUUUCCAAUCUUGCCAUUCCAGGGUGCCAACGUACCUCUGAACCUCUCCUCAUCCCGUCGGCUUCAGCUCUCACACACGCUCUCUCAAUCCACCCAUCAUCUCUCUGCAUCGGUUUAACUGGAGCAUUAAUAUCUGCGAUUAGUUCAAAUGAUUUUCCAGAGAUUAACACAAUCCUAUGCAUAGCUCAGACAUUCGUCUCAGAUGCAUGGUGCACAUUUACAAUAGGACAGUUUUAUAAUGGCCGUCGGUUUUGUACUGCCGUACUUGACUGCAUGAUAGCACAUGCCUUUCUCGAUCUGUAACACAAAACCUCUCUAGGUAUUUUCAUUGGUGAAAAGUGCAUUCAAUGCAAUCAUUUGACUAUUGAAAUGGUUAAAUGUGCGUUUUACAUCGAUAUCGUGGUAAUUUGUUGGAUUAAAUGUAACCUCCUUUAGGUUCUCGCCAGUGUUAGGUUUCCUUUAAUAGGUUUUAAGCAAAAAAGUCUGUGUACCUCUAAAUGAAUGAUCUGGAGACUGUUAAAAAAAAGAAAACAGUCCUUUUUAAACUGGAAAAUACUCCUUUUUGUAUAUUUCCUUCUGCUCAUCAACAGUGUUAACACAAAUCUACUUCACAAGGGUAUUUUCUCCAAUAAUCAGGUCUAUCACAAUGCAAUACGACUAAUUGUGGGUUUUUGUUGUUGUUGUUAACAGAUCAUGUUUACAUAUGCCAGGAACCGUGCAUGUUAUGGCACUUGUACCGUGCGCUGUCCAGUGCUUGACAUGUGAUCAUGUAAUCACGCAUUAAUGGUAGAUGUUAAUUUAGAUACGGUAAUGAUCUGCGAAGUGUUUUUUAAAUGUGAGCUCGUUUUGUUACCAAUCUGACGUUUUUGGGAUGCCUUUUCACAGCACUUGUAAUCGCGUUCAUUUUAAUACUUGAUAGGCAAUAAUGUUUUUCACUCCUCUUACGAAUGGAAUCAGUCUUGUGGGAAUGUUGCCUCAAAAUAAAACCUUGAGAGCCAGGAAA